AUGGAUGACUUUGCGCGUUACUCAACUGGGCCAUCAGCUGAGUGGCUCCGGUUCGAGAAGACCUGGAAAUGGCCUGAGGUUAUUCCCACUAUGACGAUUCGAGAAGCCCACGAUCAGGAAAAUAAGAAGACCGCGAAGCUAUUUGCUAAUGUCUUGGGAAGACCAGAUACUGGUCUCGAAGUCACGGAUUUUCAUAUCCCUACCACAAACGGCGUCAAAAUCCCCAUACGCCUCUACCGGCCCCUUAAAGAGGACUCGGACAGCUACGAUGAGAGCCCGGCCCUCUAUAUAUCUUUCCACGGUGGUGGAUACCAUUUUGGAAGCCUAGAGACGGAAGACCCUCAUUGUCGGCAAAUCGCACUGAACACUGGUUUUUUCGUUCUGAAUAUCAACUAUCGACAUACUCUUGAGUGGACAUUUCCUGCUCCCGUUGACGACAGCUGGACAGCGUUCCAAUGGGCUGCGCAGAAAGGACCUGAGUACGGAAUCGACCCGGAAAAGAUAUUCGUCGGGGGUGUCAGUGCGGGAGCCAACCUCGCCAUGUCUGUAGCUCUGCGAGCCUUGAGAGAUGAUUCUCUUCUCAGCGUCAAGGGACUUGUUCUUGGCACUCCAUCGACCGUUCAUCCGGAUCACUUCCCAGUCGAGCUGCACAAAGAUGCGCCGUUUAUCAACGCCCAGAAACUCCGAAACCUCACUGAUCUUUAUCGUCCGGAUCCGACGGAUCCGUCAUUCUCGCCCCUACUACGAUUUAUGUCUGACUUUGUUGGCUUAUGA